ACAAAUCUAUAGUUUAGGAGUUAAAUUAUUUUUUUUCUUUGUAUACAUGAAUCUUUGCUGGUUACAAACAGUUAUUCCUUAACAAGAAAGAAAAGCAAAAGGGGUAAGUAGCACUUUUGUUAAUUUUGACAGAACAAAUCACUGUAGUAGAUCCAGACAAUUUAACCAAGCAGUAGACACUGAAGUGUUUCCUCCUUUUUCUUUAUUGCUAAUGAUAGGCUAAACCCAGCACUUUAUUGACAUCCUCUCCCUUUCUUAUUCUACAUUCUUGGCACUAUAUUUUCCCAGCUGGGUUUCAUAAUAGAGUGAAAAAGAUUGAAUCUUUAGCCAUGAAUGAUCCUUACAGAUCUAAACCCAGUAGCGGGCGAACAAAUUUUGCUUCAUGUAUUUGUGCCACUGUCUUCUUGAUCUUUCUUAUUGCAGGCAUUGUUGUCGCUUACUUCUUCCUCUUCAAACCCAAAACUCCCAAAAUCGCCGUUGAGGCAGUUCGAUUCCCUACUUUCUCUGUUACCAACGGUACUGUUAACUUCACCUUCUUCCAGUACGUCUCCGUCACAAACCCAAAUCGGGAUGAGUUUACUCACUAUGACAGUUCGCUUCAGCUCAGUUACUCAGGGGAGCCGGUGGGUCUUGUUUUUAUUCCCGCCGGGAAGAUCGACGGUGGUAGGACCCAGCAUAUGUCGGCGAAAUUUGAUGUUCAGUCUUACCCACUUCCAGCCAAGCUGAAAGCUGAUGUCUCCGGCGGGAUGAUUCCGACGACGGCGGUGAACGGCUUUGAAGCGGGGGGACCCACAAUGGAGGUGGAAACGAGGAUGAAGUUGGUGGGGAGAGUUAGGGUAUUGAAAGUGUUUACACAUAGGGUGGACAGUGGAGUGAAAUGUGGAGUGAUGAUUCAAGUCAGUAGUGGCUCUGUUUUAGGCGUCCGUUGCUGAUGAUGAAGAAUGGCAAUUUGCAGUAUGUAGAAUUAGGUGAAUGGGAAGUGCAGAAAUUGAUGAAGAUUGUUUUUGUGCUUUGGCUUAUUAUGUGUAUAUGAACAUAUUAUUGAAUUUGUCCAAUUGCAAGAUGUUUUCUUUUGUGAGCAUAAAGACGAUUCCUUUUUGCCCAUUUCCA